CUUGAUCAAAUGUUGCAAUCGUAUGUCAGAUGGUUGUGACUUUUAACUACAAAACUUUCGAGUUCACAAGUUUAGAUCGGCAGUGGAUGAAUUAUUCUGCGAAAAUUUCAAUAUCACAAACAUUGGCUUAGUUUAAAAGAUAUUCGAUGUGCAAGGAGAUAUAACGUGAAUUUCGCCCAUCAAAUAUGGAGUUGUCGCACAGCCUCACGUUAAAUGAAGACGCCCUCAACCAAAUACCGGAGCAAAAGCGUCCGGUUUUCAUUUUCGAGUGGCUUCGCUUUUUGGACAAGGUUUUGGUCGCUGCGCAGAAAUCCGACAUCAAGGGAUGUCAGAAAAAGUUGGUUGAACAACUAACGCAGCACAUCCAAGGUUCACCGGGACCUCCAACGCGGAAGCUGAUAGCGCGGUGUUUAGCAACAUUGUUCUCGGUUGGUGAUACCUUUUUGUUGUUUGAAACAGUGAAUAAGUGCAAUGAUAUUCUGAAGAACAAAGAUGACUCGCCAAGUUAUCUAGCGACGCGAUUGGCUGCGAUUUGUGUCGUUGGAUGUAUGUAUGAGAAACUCGGUAGAAUGAUGGGUAGGUCAUAUGAAGAGACCGUACAGAUCUUGACAAAAUCCUUGAAAAAUGCCGAGUCGCAGGUGCGAAUCGAGAUAAUGUUAACACUGGAGAAAGUUUGCGCAGGAAUGGGGUCUGCCAUCUCCAACGUGCAUAAGGAUAUCUAUAAGGUCGUUCGUUACUGCCUUACUGAUCGUGUGAUGGCGGUUCGUGUAGCAGCAUCAAAUUGUUUGCUUGAGAUGACUAAACACGCACCAUUUUUAUAUACUAACGAGCUAGAAAGUUUGGCUUCUCUGUGUUUUCGGGCAUUCGAUGGUUGUAACUAUGAAGUCAGAUGUGCAGUCGCGCAACUAUUGGGAACCCUUAUCGCGUGUACACAGAAUGGAAGCUUGAAAAAUUUUAACAACAUGACAUCGUCGGCUUCGAGCACUAAAUCGAUGCGAGUCAUUUCUGCAGACGAGGCCCUAUCCGUGUUAAUGUCUGGAUUUCUCAGGGGAGGAGUUUCUUUUUUGAAAGGAACUGGUGAGAUUAUCAAAGGCAGCUCGGGUGUCAACCGCGAAGUUCGCGUAGGCGUAACACAUGCGUACGUUGUAUUCGUACAAACAAUGGGUGGGCUCUGGUUGGAGCGAAAUGUUCAGAGUUUCCUUGUACAUGUGCUCGAUUUAGUGGCAAAUCCGAAAGCCGCCUCUUCUCACGUUGACGCUGUAUAUUCAAGAAAAUGCAUAAAUUUUAUCUUGCGUUCGGUGAUUGGAAAAAUGCUAGGGGAAAAAGCACAAACAUCUGCCUGCAAAGAGCUAGUUCACAUUAUAGCGAAACAAAUGAAUUCAAUCGACUUCAAUCCAGAAAACGCAAAAGAUUCAAAUCAAGAAACGUUGUUCAGUCAACAUCUAUUGGUCUGUGCGCUACAGGAGCUAGGAAGUUUGGUCCUAUUGUUGGGUACUACUGCACAAAAUUUACUCACUGACCAAUCAUUGAACUUUAUCGAUGCUACUUGUGCGGUACUGAUUCAUCCAUGUAUGGCAGCAAGACUAGCGGCUGCAUGGUGUUUAAGAUGUUUGUGCGUUGCCGUUCCUAGCCAGAUCACUCCAUUAAUUGAUAGAUGCAUUGAGGCGAUUGAAAAAAUGAGAACGUCUCCGGACGCCAUAUCUGGCUAUAGCAGUGCUCUCGCAGCUGUUUUGGGAGGAGUUCGCUAUUCGCCACUUGGCAUACCACACACAAAAGGAAAAGUGAUAUUCAAUACGGCAGAAGAGCUGCUACGAACUGCAAGCCAAAACAGUCGUCUAUCUCUCAACAGAACACAGGCAGGAUGGUUACUUAUUGGCUCCAUCAUGACCUUGGGAGUUCCCGUAGUUAAAGGGUUGCUUCCGCGAAUGUUGCUCUUGUGGCGUAAUGCCUUCCCUCGAUCUACCAAGGAAUUAGACUCCGAAAAGGCUCGUGGGGAUGCGUUCACCUGGCAAGUAACUUUAGAAGGUCGUGCAGGAGCAUUAUCAGCGAUGCAUAGUUUCCUACUACAUUGUCCAGAAUUAGUUACUGAUGACAUAACAAGGCGUUUAUUGACACCUAUUGAAAGCGCAUUAGCUAUGCUGAUAAAUAUCACUUCGGUUCUGAAGAACUAUGGACAGCACCUGAAAGCUCCAACAGCGAUGGUUCGCUUGCGACUGUACGAAACGCUUUCAUUGCUCCCAGCCAGUGCGUUGGAGUCGUCAUAUACACAUCUAUUGCGAAUGCUCGUAUCCGAGUUUACAUUAACCGAGAACCCUGCCAACACGACAACGUCACUCUUGCGACAAAUGUGUCACGCAGACGACUCUAUCAUACUUGGAACGUGGCUGCAAGAAACGGAUCAUCGUACGAUUGAAGACCAGAUGGAACCAAAUCGUAAGGCAGACGGCGAAUAUCUCCAGCCGAACAGUGCUGCAGGGUCCGGAGCGUUGGAACACGAUCCAUGUUGUUUGUACCGAGUCAUCAGCAAGGGAGAACAGUGUCCGGGGCCGCUUCCACUGGGGGUUGCAGUAAUCGAUAUGUCGGUUACGCUGUUCGGUCUCAUCUUCCCCAAGGUUGCUAAUAAACAUCGCCUUCAAAUGUUGGAACAUUUUGGAGAGUGCAUAAAGCAUGCGAAAUCUUCACGCCAAGAAGCUGUGCAAAUGAAUAUUUUCACUGCGCUACUUUGUGGAUUGAAAGGAUUGACGGAAACCAAAUCUAGCAUUGGUCAAGAUGAAGUGAGAAAAAGCGCUACAAACCUAAUUAUCAAUGCUUUGAUUUGUACCAAUCCCAUACUGCGAUGUGCUGCCGGGGAGGCUCUUGGGCGAAUAGCACAGGUUGUGGGAGAUUCGCGGAUAACCGCCGAACUGGCGCAAACCAGCUUCGAUCGUUUGAAAUCGGCAAGAGACGUCGUCACAAGAACAGGACAUUCGCUGGCUCUGGGAUGUCUGCAUCGUUAUGUUGGUGGAAUGGGUUCCUCACAACAUUUGAAUACCAGUGUGUCCAUUCUGUUGGCAUUGGCCCAGGAUGGAAGCUCGCCCGUUGUACAAGUGUGGUCCCUAUACGCACUAUCUUUGAUCGCGGACUCCGGAGGUCCUAUGUUUAGAGGAUAUGUGGAACCAACGCUCUCUCUGGCUUUGAAAUUGCUUUUAUUUGUUCCUCACUCACACGUAGAUGUUCACCAGUGCAUUGGUCGUGUAUUGAGUGCGUUGAUCACUACGGUUGGUCCUGAACUGCAGGGUAAUGGCGUGUCAAUUUCAGCGGCGCGUUCGUCAUUCCUGUGUGCUGCGGCGAUUAUGCAAGCUCACUCGGAUCCAUUGGUUCAGGCAGAAGCAACGGGCUGUUUGCAACAACUCCAUCUAUUUGCACCUCGUCAUGUGAAUUUGUCUACUUUGGUGCCCAAUUUGUGUCAAAAUCUUAGCAGUAACUAUUUAAUGCUCCGCAAAGCCGCUGUCUCCUGUCUUCGUCAAUUAACUACUCGCGAGGCGAAAGAAGUGUGUGAACACGCAAUGAAUCUGGUGAGUGAUGAUGAAAAAUUCGCACUGUCAGAUUACGGAUUACCGGGUGUGCUGUUCGGAAUGCUUGAUACCGAGAGUGAUAGAGUAAUGAUCAAGAAUAUCCAUGACACCAUAACAUCGAUGCUUCAAAUACUCGCUGCCGAUAAUUUGUCACAGUGGUUGAGUAUGUGCAAGAAUGUGUUAACAGUAGCAUCGGAAACAGCUCUAACAGCAGGGACGGCUGAUGUUGGCAGUGUAAAUGAGGAAGCUGAUGACGAUGCCGAUGACAACGAAGCGGAUGAUGAUAACAUCGAAUUCCACGCGGAAGAUAAUCAGGCCACACAUCCAGCGGUUCAACCCCGUUGGCCUACACGAGUUUUCGCAGCCGAGUGCGUUCGAAGAAUUAUCCUAACUUGCGAAAAUUCUAAUGCUGCACAUUUCGAUCUGUUACUAGCGAAAGAAAUGCAAAUAACGAAAUCCCGAGGGGACUAUUUGGUUUUGCAUUUGUCCGAUUUGAUUCGAAUGGCAUUUAUGGCGGCUACCAGUGAUUCCGAUCAGCUCAGACUGGAUGGUUUGAAAACUCUUCAAGAAAUAAUCGACAAAUUCGCGCGAGUUCCAGAACCGGAGUUUCCAGGACAUCUUCUGCUCGAACAAUUUCAAGCACAAGUGGGAGCAGCACUGCGGCCAGCUUUUUCACAGGACACACCCUCGCAUGUAACAGCUGCAGCUUGUGAAGUAUGUUCAGCAUGGAUUGGUUCCGGAGUUGCUAGAGAUUUGAAUGAUUUGCGCCGAGUGCAUCAAUUGUUAGUGUCGAAUCUGAGCAAACUUAAUAAAACAAACAGCACACAGCUAUACAAUGAAAGUAUGGCCACUUUGGAAAAGUUAAGCAUACUAAAAGCCUGGGGCCAAAUAUAUAUAAUGGCAAUGAUGGGAAAUGGUUCUGCUCCGGCAAGUUCUGUUCUAGAAACACUAUAUUCGUCGUCGAGCACUAUUUCACAUCUCUCCCCUGACAUGAAUCGUCUAGCGCUAGAUGAUGAUUUUGGAGAUUUUGAAAGUCGCGGCGAGAGCUUACUUUCACUUGUGCAGCCUGAGUUGAGCAAUCUUUCUACCCACUGGCUGGCAGCUUUGAAGGACUAUGCGCUGCUUUCGCUGCCGGUAGAAUACGCGAGCCAGUUGCCACAUGAUGGUGGAUCAUUUUAUACCAACGACACAAUGAAUCUGGCAAAACCACAUUAUCUGACAUCUUGGCCUCCCAUAUUAUAUGCUGCUGCCUUGUGGUUAAAUGCGGAAGGAUUCGUCAAAGACGAAGAAAAUAUUUCAACAACAAACGAAGACGACAAAACGAAUGCCAACGACAUAACUAAUGUUCCAGCCUUUGAGCGAGCAAAUCAAAAUCUUACAACGGGAAACGCAAACAGCACAAUCUCUCAUGGCAGCCCAAGCGCCGAUCGGUUCCAUUUGGUGUUCGGAAUAUGCAUGGAAGCACUUUGCAGCACUAGGACCAACGAAAAAUUGGAUAGUGUUAUUGCAUGUUUGCAAUCUUUAUACACAAUCUUCGACUCGAAAUGGUCCAGAUUGAUGCUUUCGAAAAAUAAAUCACUGCCCAUCGAGUUAUGUAAUGUUUUACAUCGAUUGAUUCUAACGAGAGAUAGUAUAGAAGUUCAGUAUCUGUGUUUGCUGAUCUUGAAGCAAACCAUUACUGCGGCCAACGAGUCUCUGGAGUUAGAAAAGCGUGACCAUACAGCGAGCUUGGUAAGCAAAAUUGACAACGGUAACGAUGAGGAAAAUUUCGAAGUCGAUAAUCUGGGAGAAGGGGGUGAGGAGGGGGAAAUAUUACCGGGCAAAUCGCACGUGUAUGCCGUUAUGGAAGUAGUCUUAUGUCUGCUCGCACGCCAGAUUCCUGCCAUGAAUCCAUCCCAAAGUACACGUGUUGCGAACGAACAACUGCAGCGGCAGAUGAAUCAAGCUAAGAAUGGGUUAUUCAAGCUUUCUGACGAUAACAGUUUACUCGUAUCUAUCGCUAUUCAGAGCAUGACGGAUCUCACGAAACUAUGUUCCCCGACAGGAGCUUUAUCUAUUCUUCCAACAAUGCUCUACCUCACUACUAGCGUUAUCAAAGAAGUCGCUACAAAAUCGAUUAACGAUGAAAGUAUUUUGGCCAACUCUAAUAUUAUUCAGUCGGCGUUGCAAUUGUUGAAAACAUGCGCUGUAGAUCGGUAUAGCAAACAUGAACAAUCAGCCGAUAGCUGGCGAAAAUUGUUGCAAAGUGCGCUUGGUAGGAUUAUAGAUCUCACCAAGACGGGAUGCGAGGAAACCAAACUGGACGAGGUCACUAUGAUGUUGGCUAUCGCCGUUUUCCUACUUCACACUCCUUCUACAUUAGUAUCGGUACCAAAUUUGCAAUACCCCUGUAUAAAUCACUUCAGACAGUGCUUUCUGAGUGGUUCGCCUAUGGUUCGUUUGAAAUGUGUACAAACGAUGCGCUCCAUUUUUAUCAAUACCGAUUUGAAAGUUUCCACACCAUAUAUCCACGCAUUGGCACCGAGGCUGAUCGAAACAUUGUUCGCGGAGGCAAGCCGUAACCCGCAGAAUGAUAUCGAGCUAGCAUUCACUCUGGAAGGAAUUACCACUUUGGAAUCUUUAGUAGCUUUGGCAGAACCACAAAAUCAUGAACUAAUGCAAGGUAUUCAAAUGUUGAAUCUGCUGGUCCCAAUUCUCAUCAGCUAUCUUCUGGAACCGGAGCGAUUCCGUGUGGAACCAAAACUGUGUGUACAACUGCACGAACAUGCCCUGCAGUGGUUAAUGAAAAUUGGACCGAAAUAUCCACAAGAAUUUAAGAUGUACAUGUCACAAUCACCGGAACUGCGAGUCAAGCUUGAAGCUGCCGUAAAACGCAACCAGAUGCACGUAAUUCAGGCAAAAAGUAAGAGCGAAGCAGCUAAUGCAGCCGCUCGUGCGAGCAUGACACAGCAGCAGAAACCAACAAUCCAAUUGAAAACCGAUUUCAGCAAUUUCAGUGCUAUAUAAUUUACGCACAGGAGCUGGAGUAAAACUAAGCAUUCUAAUUAAAACAUUUAAUCCAGUUAAUCAUUCUUAUCCAAGCAAAACUCCUAAAAACAUUUGUCUGCAAACUGGAGCAUGAUAUCCAUGCUAAUUAUUUUAGAGAAUGACGAAAGUAUACCCCGCUUAACUUCGAAGUAACUGAUAUAGAAUUUAUUAAAAUGGGUGAACCUAAUAACUGUUAAUAUAUACUUCAACGGAACAAUAAAGUAUUACUAUUAUGACUA